GGUGGACGAGCAGUGUUUCUCACUCCAUUUUUGGGCAAAUAUAUUUUGGGCAUAUUUUCUUAUGUUCAAAAAUCGCACUCGUUGGAGUUGCACGGCUCAGGGUUCGGGCUUUGUUGGUAUUGGUAUUGGUACAUAUUAUGGGUUCGGCGUUCGACCACGCUCGAUCCGCUCGAUGUGAGGAAUCCGAGACAAGGCACUUUCGAAGCUCCUCUCUACAUUGAUAAGUGAAAGAAAAUUCAAUUGUUUACAUUGGCGCGUAUCACCUAGCGAAAUCCUGACGAUCUUCAAAACUGACGAGCCAAAAGCCAAUUGCCAAAAUAAGUAAUUCAAAGGACGCGAGUAUGCCGCCGAAGUGUAAAUUCCAAGAAGGGGAGAAGGUAUUGUGUUUCCACGGACCAUUAAUUUACGAAGCUAAAUGCCUAAAGUCGUCCAUUACCAAGGAGAAGCAAAUUAAAUACUUCAUUCACUAUGCUGGUUGGAACAAGAAUUGGGACGAAUGGGUUCCGGAGAGUAGAGUCCUCAAGUACAACGAGGCGAACGUGCAGAAGCAAAGAGAGGUUCAGAGAGCUCAUUCGAGCCAGCAGUCGACUCAGAAAACUAAGAAGGGAAGCACUUCCUCCAAGACACAGGCCCGUAGGAGUGAAGGAACACGUGAAAAGGAUACGGAUAGCAGAGCUAGUACCCCUGUGGCACCGGUUGACAAAAAUGUUAGCCGUUUCAGUAAAGGUACUAGUAGUAGCGCGACGCCAUCCUCGUCUCAUGAUUCAUCCUCGGAUCCACCUCGCAAGAAACGAAGCCGGUUAGAGCCAUCGGGUGAAACAGAGGAAUACCUGACUAAAGUUGAAGUUAAAAUUAAAAUACCUGAGGAACUGAAAUAUGUGCUCAUUGACGAAUCAGAAGUAAUAUUGAAACAUCAUAAAUUACCUGCUUUACCUGUGAAAAAUACAGUAGACAAGAUCUUAGACGAUUAUGUAGAGUCGAAAUCAUCAGGAAAAGGUGAUUCUGUGAGAGAAAGUACAUUAGAAAUAACGAAGGGUAUCCGCGAAUACUUCAACAUCUCGCUAGGCUUACAAUUGUUAUACAAGUGGGAACGACCGCAGUUCAUCCAAAUUAUGAAUGAGAAUCCUGAAACACUGCCCAGCCAAUUAUACGGUGCAUUCCAUCUACUGAGGCUAUUUGUGAGACUCGGAGGAAUGUUGUCGUACACGACACUGGACGAAAGGAGCAUACAACUAUUAUUAUCUCAUUUCCAUGAUUUCUUACAAUACUUACAAAAAAAUAAUACCGAGCUUUUCAAUCUCCAACAAGACUAUGCAGACUCGCCACCCGAUUAUCAUAGGAAGUACGCCUAAGUUAGUAUAAGCGAUUUGAAUACUUUCAAUCCUAUCAAGCAAUAUAUCUCAUAAAAGAGCUACAACUUUUAUUUCCGAAACUUGUGUAUAUUGUUAGCGAUAUCACUGGGACGAUGUAUUUUAAGAGAAAAUUAUAACAGAUCAUUGAA